CAGUUCCGCUCGUGCGGCAAACGAGUGACGACCCCACGCUCCUCCCGGAACCCCCCAAUGGCUUACCACCUCGGCCUCGCCGGCGCCACCGCCACCGCCCACGCCCCGCGCCUCGCCGUGCGCGCCUCCGCCUCCGCUUCGGCCGCUGGGGAGCCCGCGCGUCGCAUCAUCCGCCGCCGCGCGCCGCCGGGGCAGCAGGCCCCGGCCCCCGCGCCCCCUGCCCAGCCGUCCGUCGCGGAGGUGCGGCGCGCCAUCGGGGUCGCCGACGAUGCCGCGUCCGCCGCGUCGUCCAGGGAGGCGAAGAACUCCGCGUUCAUGGACCUCAUCGCCUCCACCCCCAUCGGGCAGCCCGAGAGCGAGCCCGAGCGCCGCCUCCGCGAGGCCGCCGAGUGGGUCGUCGACACCACCGAGACGCGCGCUUGCCAAGGACAGAAGUCUUUCUUAGUGAUAUGCAUGAUGACGUUUCCUGCGUGGUUCUUGUUCCUGUUUGUUGCCCUUGGAGUUAUAAAGUUACCAUUUGAUAUUCCGGGUCUGGAUAAUCUGCUAAUGUAAGGUGUUAGUUAUUAUUGUUUCCCAUUUUCUUUUCCAAUUAUACGAGAUGCAGACUCUGAAAAUUGAAAGACAUAGUAUAUAUGACUUACUACUGAAGUUACUUAUGUUGUAAGUUAUAACUAAGUUUGUAGUUUUGUUUCUUGUUCAUCUGUCACAAUUGGAGUUAUAUGUUGAUAGCUUUAUUUAUUGCUUC